GUGUGUGUGUGUGUGUGUGGUGGGAAGUACUUGAGCGGUUGUGAGGAGAUGAGUGUCAGUUAUCAGUGGUGAAUCAGAGUGUCAACAUGAAGCUUCUUCUCAGCAGUCUGCUACUCGCCUCACUCUGCGCCCUCUCAUCUUGGAGUGUUUCAUCUGGUACACUUGAUGUUACCCAGACUCCUGAUGUCUCCGUCAUGGAGGGGGAGACAGUAAACAUCUCCUGCUGCUGGCCAACGCACUUUGAAAGAGUUAGAGUUACCUGGCAGAAAAAUCAAACACUGAAGACUGAACUUUUUACCUCUCAAAGGUCUCAGCAAAAGGAAAUAUCUAACUGCUCACACUUGACCUUCACUAAUGUCACAAGAGGGGAUUCAGGGAGAUACAUCUGCUGCGUGACAAUGGAGAUACCAUUUUUAAAUACAGGUAAAGGAGAUGGGACUUUCAUCACAGUCAGAGACAACACAACGGACCACACAACAGAAGGUGAACAUCCAGAAUCUUCCAGCAGUCAUCUGCAGUUCACCGUGAUAAUCCCUCUGGCUGUGGUGGCCCUCUUACUCCUCAUCACUCUUGUGGGUUUCUGCUGUCUGCGAAGGAGACAUGCACAAGCAGCCCGGGUGAUCUACGAGGUUCCCCACAUUGACUCUGAGGAGGUAGAAAUGGACAAACACAGCACCAGCUCCUCCAGAGGUUCAUCUCAGUGGUGUCAGGUACCAGUAUAUGAAUCCUUCGAUUACUUUGAACGUGUCGAGAACAAAGAAAGUGGAUGAGGACCUGCUGGCUACAUGUAUAUUAUGUAUAUUACUUACCUUUACCUGAAUUGUGUACAUGUUUUUAGAUGAGUGUAAAUAUUUUUUCUAUAAACUCAAUCUUAUCCAUCUUUGUGAGCUAAGUUUAUUUCAAUGUUGACAAGGUGUUUAUAGACAGGUUUACUUGUAUCGUUGUUACUUUGGUUUUCACUUUGAUCGUACUACAAGCUAGUCAAUGGUCCACAUUAGUGGUAUUCGUUCUGGAGCGAAGAUGCAGGUUUCACAAUGACUUCAGAUCACAAGCAGGACGCUGAGUGGAAACUGUGGUGUGACUGGGUCGCUGCAUAAUAGGUCAAUGACAGGAAGUGGAAACAGCUCCUGCGACAGUCAAAGUAGCUCCUCCCUUUGAAACCUCAGUUUUUGGCCGGGCAGAUGGUAGACAUCUGAGGGCUCACAAAAUACCUUUUAACAAACUGAGGUCACAAAAGGGCGGAAUAUAUAAAAUAUGAAAUUUAAUAAAAACCUUUUAACGUCAUAUCUUUCUUCUGCUAUCUUUGAGUGUGACUUGUAGGUCUAUGCUAAAUUGUUAGCAUGUAUACUGGAUAGUAGUUUAACCUAUGGGACACUGGUGAGUCAUAAUGUGAAAGGAAUGAUUAAUAAGUUAAUAAAUACUAGGCUGAUGGGCACCCAUAGAUUGCCAUGAAGUGUGUUGAUACAGAUACACUUAACACAAUGAGUCAUACACUUUCAGACUGAUUAAAAAAAGAGCGCUAAAGGCUGCCGAAAGACACUCCUUCACUCAUGGGAACAAAACUAAACCUACACUACCUCCUGCAUAUCAAUGAUAUAACCCGUAAAAGGUGUUAACCAGCACACGAUGCGACUUCCUCACAGUUUCAUUGUUUUGUUUUUUCAUUUAUAUAUAAGAUAGAGUAAUACUGUACAUCGCUUUUGCUAUGAGGCACAUACAUUGAAUCUUCAAAAUAAAAAGAUAUGACUGAAGUGUUCAUGUUAAGUGACAUUACUUAUAUUAUUUAACCACGUUUGGAAAGCAUUUUUGCGUAACUUUGCUUUAAUGUUCGUAUAACAUUUCCUUCAAAUUCAUAUGUCACUGAGUCCAACUUCUUAAAUGCAUCCUGCAGUUAUAUAUUGGAGAUGUGGUUCUUUUUAUACUGUUUCUUUCUCAUUGUGUUUUUUACAAAAUCUAUUGCAGAGCAGUGUUGCAACUGAGUCGUUUGCUGUGUGACUAGAGAAAUGCUUCUAUAUAGUAUAUAUUCUGUGACAGAGCACAGUUUCCAGGAAAUCAGGCCAGAAAACAGAAACAUGCGAGCAAAAAAGUUCUCUCGUGAAAUUUUAAAGCAGUUUCCUCUUGUGGUUCAUGUCCGUCCUUGAGCAACAGUAUAGACGACCACCAACCACAGGGGAUGCAGUGACACUGGGCCGAGACACCAAAGGUGAACAGAACAUCACCAUGACAUUUUCCUAGUAGGCUACUUACAUAAAGACAAUUACAAGUUUUCUGAAAUGUUAUGUUUAUUUUUUGUUUUUUGUGCUUUUCAUGCCUUUAUGAUAGAGAGAUGUGUAGCUCGUGAAAGGGGGAGAGAGAGAAGGGGAACAACAUACAGCAAAUGGCCACGGGUUGGACUUGAACCACAGGAUGCUGUGGCAAGGACUCAGCCUUAAUAUAUAGGUCGCCUGUGCUACCGAGUGAGCUACCGGGACGCCCUGAAAUUUUAUGUUUAACUAAACCAGUGAAGCGUUAUCUUAUUAAAUAUGUGCUAAUUUGCAUACAUUUCUAGAACAGAAAUGAGACAAUUGGAUAAAGCCAGGUUCAAAAUUCUUGUUUAAUUUUUUUUGACAUAUUAGAGUAAAAUGGGUUUCCAGAGGAAAUGUUGGGUUUCUCUUUGUAUCACUCCAUAAAUCGGAAUUAACUUAACAUGUAAUGUAAAAUUCCACACAUUUUGCAAGACAUUACAGGUGAAUAGGGUAAGAUUUUUAACUAAUAGAUAAAACAUUCACAGAUGCAUUACUCACUGACUAGUAUCUUGCCUUAAAUGUGUUUACAGCACAGGGUUUAAAACGUUGCGCAGUAAAAUAAUUCUUUGUCUCGAAUCACAAAAUCUAUUGUGAUUUAUUUAACCAAAGGACCUCGCCUUAAAUCAACAAGCAAAAGACAAAAGCUCAAUAUGGUCUGUGAGGUAAUAUGUACACUGGGCGUAGGGCUGAGGUUGUGUUGAUAGAGUUGGGACAACCGCCUAUGUCAAACAUGUAACCCGGUAUCCUCAGAUCUUUCUAAAGGUAUAAAAAGAGUUCCCGUCCUCCUCUUCCAUUCCCAUCACAUCUACUGCUCUGUCGAUCAGUGUUGGUCUUCCAUUUUCCUCUUUUAUCCACAUUAACCACCUCUUAAGCAGCAACCAUGACCCAGCUCGAGACAGCCAUGGCCAUCCUGAUGAAGACCUUUGACACAUAUGCUGCUGGCGAGGGCAAAAAGGACACCCUAACCAAUGCUGAGGCCAAGAGUCUACUGGAGAAGGAGUUGCCUGCACUGCUCAAGGUGGCAAAGAACCAAGCGGAGGUGGACAAACUGCUGAAAGGUCUGGAUUUUAACGGAGACUCUGAGGUCGACUUCACUGAAUUUGUGGUGCUGGUAUCUGCUCUCACCUGCGCCUGCCACAAUCGUGGUGGCAAGAAGUAAGCACCCUGGGGUGGGGCCAAACAGCUGCAACUACGCCAUAAAAUCCCUGUAGUGACUGUUUCCUGUAAUGACUAAAUAAAAUGAUUUAUUUACCUGUU